CGUAUACAGAAAUUAUACAAAGCUGUUUGAGUGUAACUUGUUUUUAAAUAACAUUCAGUCAGAUGACGAGCUGCAGCAACCUGUUUUUUACAGUCUAUUCUAGCGACUGGCUUUAUUAAGUGCGCAUUUAUAAGGGGUGUUACGGUCGCUCGGUAUCUGAUUCACUGCACACCGGGCGCCGUAAAGCGUCGAUGUGACGCGCACGCGUGUUUCGGCUGUCACGCCGUUGUAGUUCAGGUGCUCGCUCGGUGAAGUGCGGAAAGAUGUCCGACGAACAUUUGCCAUCAAAUUAUCAAUUCAAAUGACCUCUUGUAAGUACGUCACCUUAAACAGGUAAAACCUGUCGCGUUUUUCAACCACACAAAUGCACUUGCUGCAGCAAGAAACUACACACGGAAGUAAAUCUACGACUGCUUCUGUGCUUCAUAAAGUCUUUUAUCUUACGUUAAAGGAUUAAUGGUCUUUAACAGUGUCCACUGAGUUCAGCAUCUGCCUUUUAUUUCUAUGGUUUCGUCGCGUUCACCUGCGCAGACGCAGACAUGAACACUCAGAAGUUUAUGAGGUUGAUCGUGGCCUGCUUGGUGAUUGUUGCCAUGGUGAAAAUUUUCUUUCGUCCCAGCUCGAGCAAAGACCCGAGUGUCGAACCCCACCAGAUCAUACACGGUGGUCGUUUCUGGGCUAACCAGCGUAUCCCACAGCUGAAUUUGGUUCAUAGCGAGGAGGAUCCUGCCGUAAAAGAACAAUCAGAGGUUCAGCCCGAGAAGAAAGAGGUGAUCCAGUCAAACCAAGAGGACGAGAUAGAACCAGAAGAUCCUGAUGAUACACCCAUGGAUCCAUUAAAAAUCGUCCACUUAGAUCUGAAAGGCGCCGCACCCAAAGUCAAAUACCUUGAACAGAUAUUCCCUCUACUGUCAUCUCUGGGCGCGAAUGGGAUAUUGCUGGAAUAUGAAGAUAUGUUUCCUUAUGAGGGGGAGCUCAGCAUUGUCAGAUCGAGCUUUGCAUACAGUGCUGAAGACAUCGAGGAAAUGAAGUCCCUGGCCAAACGGCACAAGCUCGAGCUGAUUCCUCUGGUGCAGGUGUUCGGACACUUGGAGUUUGUCUUAAAGCACGAGAAGUACUUCAAUUUGAGAGAAGUGAACACGUUUCCCAAUAGCCUGAACCCUCAGGCCCAAGGAAGCAUGGAUCUCGUUCAAGACAUGCUAACUCAGGUCAUGAAGAAGCACCCAGAAGCAAAGUGGUUCCACAUUGGCGCUGACGAGGUGCGAGGCCUGGGCGAAAGCGAAGUUUCGAAGCGCUGGUUGGAAGCCAACAGUGGAGACAUGGGGAAGCUCUUCCUCAAUCACGUGACCGCAGUUGGGAGGUUCAUGACCAAACUGAAGCGAGGAAUCAAGCUGAUCUUAUGGGACGACAUGUUUAGGAAGCUUAGCUCCAAUACUAUCAAAGAAUCGGGUUUGCAGGACCUUGCAUCACCCAUGAUAUGGAAGUACAUCCCGAACAUGGAUGAGAAAGAGAUCGGUAAUUAUAUCUCCAAGUAUGAACAGGCCGGAUUUAAGGGUGUGUGGUUUGCUAGCGCUUUCAAAGGAGCCUCUGGAAUAGACCAGAAAUGGACUCCAAUCAAUCACCAUUUAAAAAACCACCUACAGUGGCAGAAAGUCAUUGCGUCUAUGCCGCAGUACAAGUCUGUGAGACUCCAAGGCAUCGCUCUGACUGGCUGGCAGAGGUAUGAGCAUCACACUGUGCUGUGCGAGCUUCUCCCAGUGGCCAUCCCUUCUCUGGCGGUCUGUCUUCAGACGCUGAAAUACGGUUCGUUUGAUGCUGAGGCCCAGAAGGAGGUGGAACAUCUCCUCGGGUGUCAGAUUGAACUGAGCAAAAAUGAGUGCAAGGGUGCAUCCUUUCCUGGCUCGGAUGUUUAUGACAUGGUAAAGAAGAUCAACGACAACCUCGAGAGCUCAGUUAAAAAGAUCAUGCAGAGCUACCAUGUCAAGGGGUCGUUCAGCCCAUAUCAUCGCAAGCGCAACUUUGCAAACCCUCGAAAUCUUGCAUUUUUCAAAGAUGAACUGAUGAAACUGAUGAAUGAAUGGGAUUCCUUUUUACUGACUUUUCGGCAAAAUAUGGAGGCAAUCUUCUACCCAGACACUUUAGAGGAGUGGUUGGAGGAAAAUGUCAACGAACACAUAGAAAGGCUUCAUAGCAUGGUGGUUGAUGUCGAACGAAUUAUUAAACUCAACGGACAGCCAAAGGUCGAUCUUUCAAAAAAGAGGUGAAAAGCGGACCAACAGGAAAGACAUUCCAAAAUGUGGCAUUCAGACUUCCUACUUGAAGAAGUGGACUCACUGCACUAUAUCUAUAUCGGAGUUGACUUAAAAUAAUCAAAAUGAUUUGCCUUUUGCGGUACAGCUAGUUUUUAUUUUUCUCAAAUGUAGAUCUCUAGGGAUAGAUCAUGACCCGACUUCAUCUCUUUGACGCGCAGAAUGUAUUUUUUACAUUUUUCUUCAGUUCAAAGAGCACAGAUAUUGUGCAGUUUUAUGCAGUUGCAGAAUGUGGACCCAAUUGAGAGCCUCGAAUAAAGAUACUAGGUAUCUUUAGUGUUUCGGUACAUAUAGUUCUGAACUAGCUAUAAAAGCAUUUACCUCAGAAAACAUUAACAUUAAAAACCUGUUGGUCGUGGAGCUUAUGUUACAUUUACAGCUUUAUCGCAAUGCCAAUAAUGCAACGUAAUUUGCUAGAUUUAAUUUCUUCUUUUGUGUGUGUUUAAGAUGGGUAAUGUAUUUUGUACUUGUACUGUUUUUGCUGUUUAUUACUGCCAAAUAUUUAAUGGUUUCUGUGCUUUCAGUAAAAUUCAGAUAUCGCAUUUCACUGUGAUUAUCAAUACAGUAAUGUUUUUUUUCUUUAUCGAAUAUAUAACACUGUGGUGUGACGUUAAGAUGCAGUCUUUUAGAAAUUUAAAUGUAAAACAUUUUUA